UCGCGAAUUCCACACUUUAACUAUCAGCUGUUCCCUUUUCAUACCUGAUGAAACACACCUAAAUGCGCAAUUAGGUGUGCUUUAAUACAUAGAUGGUGAUAGUUCAGGUAGGAAAAGAAAACAACUGAUAGUUUUGAUAUGAAACUCGCGAAAAAGUGAUAGCUCAGGUGUGUUUUUAACCAUUAUCUCAUUUUUAGAACUAGUUAUUUUUUUUGUACGGAUAAAUGUACUCCUUUUUUUUUUUUUUUUUUUUUAAUUACAUAUGGGGUAGGAGAAGGGGAAAUGAGAGAAGGGAUUACAAUGUGGGGAUUCGAAUCCUCACCAACAAGAUAAAAGUUUAGGUGGUCAACCAACGGAUAAAUGUAGUUCUAUAAUAUUGAUCUGUUUUCUUGUAAUCAUGCUUGUUCUAUGUUUAGUUUGCUUUAUAUGUGAACUUCGAAAUAGGAACUUUAGUUGAGAAAAUGUGGUUAUAAUAGUGUAACUUCAGCAUGAAGAAGGGACAUUUUUCUUCUGCAUAUCCUUGCCUCAAUGUUCAGAAAAGUUACUAUAUCUGUAAACACAAGUUUAUAUCUGUAGUCCAUAGCUAUAGUGAAAAUUCACUAAAGUUAUUAUAAUCAUUAUACCAUUCAGAAACUCAGAUAACAAGUUUUUAGUCGACUAUUGUAUCAAAAUUUGGAGUUUUUCUGUGAGAGUAGAAGAAUAUUCAGUGUUUGGGGAGAUAGUUGGGCGAGAACGUCCUAUUAGUAAAUGACAAUUAACUAUGUUCAGCUGAUGGAGAGUGGAUAGUAAAAUACCAUUCAACAUGAGUAGAGUAAAGUAGAAGCUACCAUAGAAUUGUAAGUCUAAUAAUAUAAUAUGAUCAUUUUUCUUCGCAUUGUUCCUUGGCCCUGAUGAUUUAUUUAUAGCUUUCCUUUUCAGAUCAGUUCUAUAGAAUGUGAAAGUAAGUCUCCUUAAUAGUGAAGUGAUUCUAGUGAUAGUGAAUCACCUUACUAUAUUUUCCAAAUAUAGUUUAUAGAACAGAAGUGAUCCCGAUAUGGUAAAUGGAAGAGUUCGUCCCCAGUUUCCUUUGCUCCACUGGCACCAAAGAUCAAGAAUUCAAGAAUAUAAUGGCUGCUUGUUCAAGGGUCUUCAUUUGCACAAUGAAUUUUGUUUGUCACUAUCACUUUGGAAAAACAAACAAAAGAAAACAAACAAGAAGCAAUUCACUUGUUUGUUUCUCCAACUUAAUCACAGAGGGUUUACAGUAAGAGACAAAAAAGUGCAGGCCACAUCAUGACAGGUUCUCAUUUCUCCCAGCCUAAGCAUAUUCAUUGACGAAUAUUCUGACGCAAGUUGUUUAUGUACUCAUUUACCAAGUAAAAAUGAUGGGAAAUGAAAUUAAAAAUACCAUUUCAACAUCAAUCACCUUGUGAUGAUUAAUGCUUGAUAUGCAAGUCUUCCACUUUCUACCUGAAAAAUUGCUCUUCAUUUCUGUGAUUCUUACUUCCUCUAUUAGUACAAAAAUACCUUAAAGUUCUGAGUUUUCUGUGCCUUCAGUUCUGAUUUAACUUUUUCCCAUGGGCACCAAUCGUGCAAAAGAAAGGAAGCUGGAAGAUGAGACAAGAAAUCUGAUAGCUCGUUUGCCAAAUGAAAUAGCACUUGACAUAGUCUCGAGACUUCCUAUUUCAUCUCUCAUUCAGUUCAGGUUUGUAAGCCAAACCUGGAACGUGUUAACCCAUGAUUCACGCCUUUUCGAUCUGCAUCUAUCUCGUGCAUCGAAGAUUAACCCAUGCCUCAUCUUCAAGACUUACCAUCCUCAGAAAGAGCAGCUUUUCUUCGUUGAACUGUCUGAUCAUCAUGAUGAUGAUCACACAUUGAGAGAGAUUCAGAUUCCCUUUUUAACAUCCAUGCCUAUAGUUCGAGUUGUAGGCUCAUGUAACGGCCUGCUAUGUCUAUCUGGUGUUUAUGACCAUGAAGCUGUGUACAUAUACAACCCUUUCACUAGACAACACAAAAAGCUGCCAAAUUGUAAUGAGCUUGAAGUGAAUGAAGUGGUUUAUGGUUUUGGAUUUCAUCCUGCUACUAAUGAGUACAAGGUGAUCAAAGUAGGCUACUAUUCUCAUGUCUGUUAUGUACCUUGGUGUUAUCACAAGUCUGUAAAAUAUGAUUAUCCACUCUCAGAGGUUCACUUGUUCAAUCUGAAAAGCAAUACCUGGAGAAAUUUAGAGGAAUUACCUUACAAACUUCAUCAUUCACCUGGUGUUUUGGUCAAUGGAAGGCUCCAUUGGGUAACUGGAUUUAACUGGCACCUUGAUUUGACCUGUUUGAUGAUACAUUUCAAGAAGUUCCAAGGCCUGAUUUCAAUGUUAACUUAUUUCAUUGUAGAUAUCAUCUGGUUGCUCUAAGAGGGUGCCUUUGUGCAUGUUUAUUUACACAUAAUGGAGAUAACUUGGAAAUUUGGAUCAUGGAAGAAUAUAACAAGAAAGACACUUGGGUGAAACAGUUCAAUAUUGGAGCUUGUUCAAUUGUGGGUCAAGAUUUGGUUCAGUCAUAUGACAUUUGGAGGACUAGUUUGCAAAAGGGAACUGUUACAGUGAUGUACCUCCUCAAUAACGGUGACAUCUUGCUAGAUUGUCAAGGUGGGAAUUUAAUUGCUUAUAGCACAGAUAAGAAAAUGUUGAAGAGCAUAAGCCUUAAUGGUAUGCCCAAGUCCUGUCAAGCAAUUGCUCAUGUUGGAAGCCUUAAUUGGAUAGCUAACCCCAACUAGCUUGAAAUGCUACCAUAUAAAGAUUGCAUGGAUACAAUCAGCGAAGAGGCUUGUUAGCGUAGAAUUAUGUCAGUUGGUAUUAGUCCGCUCCGGUGUCCUGCUACACAACAUUUUAGAAUACAACCAAAGUAAAGGACCAAAGUUCUGUUUCUGUUCAAAUUUUAGUUCGUCUUUUGUAUAGAUUUUCUAUCGCUUUUCAGGAUGUUA